CUCCCUUCCCCCCCCCAUAACGCCGCUGAAACUUCCCUGGAUUCAUCGACGCAGCGGCGGCGGCGGCCAUGGCGUCCUUCUGGGGAGGAAGAGGAGCCGAGCCCGAGGACGACUUCGAUGAGUACGAUCCCACCCCCUACGGUGGCGGCUACGACAUCGCCCUCACUUACGGUCGCCCGCUUUCUCCCACCGACGAGAUCUGCCACCCCAUCUCCAACGCCGACGGUGGUGACGUCGACUACGACCGACCCCACUACUCCUCCGGAUCCACCACAUCCGCCUACGAGACCUAUGCCGACUUCGGCGAUCGCUAUGGCCCGCCCCGCCCAAAGCCCCAGCCCGCCUACGGCUUCCAGUCCCAGCAGGAGGAAGAGGGCGGCGGCGGAUACGGUAGCGGUCUCUGGCCCCAGCCACCGAGGCCCGAGUACGGGUACGGGGGCGGCGAGGGCGAGUACGGAUCCGGUCAGGGGUUUGGGUAUGGAGGGAGGCCGGAGGUGGAGCCCCAUUACGGGGGGCGGCCACAGGGGGAACACGGGUUCGGGUUCGGAUCCGGGUAUGGGGAGGAUCGGCCGAAGCCAUAUGGAGAGGAGGGAGGCCAGGGUUAUGGAUAUGGGAGCAACUAUGGGGUUGGAGGUCAGUAUCGGAGGAGCGAGGAGGAAGGGUAUGGCGGCUUGGGUGGGUACCGGAGGACUGAGGAGUACGGGUAUCGGGGAAAGCCGAGCUACGAGAGGCCGAGCUAUGGCGGGGAUGAGGAGGGGAGUGGGAGGUACCAGAAGCCGAGCUACUAUGGUGAAGAGCAAGGGGAAGGAUAUGGCCGCGCUAAAUAUGGCAAUGACUCUGAUGAUGAGGAAAAGAAGCACCGCCAUCACCACCACCACCAUCACCACCGUCGCAACUAUGAUGAUGACUGAACCAUUUGCAGUGUAAUUAUUUUGUACUGGAAUGGCUUGAUGCACUCAAAACAAGUAGCUAAAUAAAAAUGGUGGGUGUUCUUUGGUCUGCUUUGUUGGAACUUUUUCGUAGUUCUUGCAAUUUCCAUUAGACUUUCUCCCGAGAGCAAUGUGUGCUCUCAAUAAAAUGAUAUACAGUUAUCUUUGGACAAAUUUUGCUGUUAUAAUAUGGAAAAUAAUCCUAAAACAAUGCUAUGCUGAUGUCUGGAAGCACUUUGUGCUGUGGCAUGCAAUUAUUGUCA